CUUCUUGGAUGGUACCUAGGGAGGCUCGAAGGGCAAUUGGAACCGUCUUGAGGCUGUCUUGGGGCCUCUUUGAGGUAUGUCGGCGGCUAUUUUGAGCCCCGUCUUCGGCUAUCUUGCGCCAUCUUGAAGGCUGUCUUCCACCUAACGCCAAGAGGGCUGGGAUUACAGAUGCCCUGCCAGGCAGGACUUGGCAUUCAAUUACUACUUGACGGUCCAGGGUGCACGGUGGCGGAUUCUCGUUGAAACCAAAGAGUAUCAACACCGAUGGGAUAGCGGGUGGAAAGCCCGCAAGGAUUUGUUAAUCAGGCAAAUACUAAUCGCGCGCCCGACCUCCUCGGUAUGCAAGAAUGUGGGCCAAAUCAGGUACGAGAGCUGAGCGAGAGGCUUCGCGACGCAGGCUACCACGUGCAGCACCUUUUCAAGAGGCCGAGGGCUUAAUGCUCGCAGUGAACCCUGCCACAGUGAAGGUGAGCGAGAGCGGCCACUUCUGGCUUGCCACGGACACGCUCCACGUGGUUGGCAGUGCGGCUGCAGGGGCCGCGUUCCCUCGUGUGGCGAUGUGGGCCGCGUGCAGCCUGCGGGGUGCGGGUGGAUGUAAGUUCCUCUUCCUGAAUUUCCAUUUUGAUCACCCAACCACACAGCAGGGUGAGUUCAACAGGCAGCGCAGCGCGGAUCAGAUUAUGAAGUUUAUUUAAUCGCUUCGCUCAUUCCGCCGGCCCAUA